AUGCCCAUGUCGCUUCGGAUCCUGGCUUUGAUUCUCUCUGCGACUACAGCAAGCACAAAGCUGAGCUGGCGAUACGGUGCUUUCAUCGAUGCAGGGAGCGAAGGAUCCCGGAUCUACAUCCUGCGAUGGCAGCCUGCAGACACGAAUCGUCAAAUCAUUGCUCCUGAGUCACUCGGUGAACUCAGCACGGUGCCGGGCAUAGCCUCCUUUGCUCAGAAUCCUGGUGAAGCCGGGCUAUCAUUGAAAUCCUUGGUGGAGUACAUGAAGCAGGAACUCAAGCACGAACAAGCAAACUGGGCCCAGACGCCACUCUAUCUUCGUGCAACAGCUGGAAUGCGCCUGCUUUUCCCAGAUCAGCGUGAAGACAUCCUGGACGACAUUCGAUCGUACUUCUGGACGUCGCCAUUCUUGUUUCGCGAUGACAUGGCUUCCGUUGCCACGGGAGAGGAGGAAGGAGUCUUCGGCUGGAUCUCUGCGAACUACCUGAUGGGCAACCUUGCGCCAGACCGCAAGCCAGCGUCAAACACCACCGUGGGCUCCCUCGAUCUAGGUGGAGCCUCUGCUCAAAUCGUGUUCAUGCCCAAGAAAUCGAUCAUUCAGCACGCGUUCCCUUUGAAGUUGGGCCCACACCGCUUCGAGCUCUACUCGUUCUCAUUCCUUCACUUCGGAGUGCGAGAGGCUGCACAUAGCACGGCCGGCAAAGUAAUUUCUGAUGCCCUUGAGAUGGUGCAGUCGGAGACGGAAGUCUAUCACCCGUGCUUUGCCAAAGGCUACAUCUACACGCCAAGGUUCUCGUACAGCACUGCCAGAUUUCCAGCUAUCAAGGUGAAGAUGCAGGGCACCGGCAACUUCCCACAGUGCGAAAAGUUGAUCAUGAGAAUCUUCAACAAGGACGCGCCCUGCUUGGUGACGCAAUGUUCGUUCUAUGGCGUUUAUCAGCCACGGCUUUAUGAAGCGAAGUUCCUCGCCUUUGCACACUUCGCGGACAUUGCCAGCGAUCUAGGAUUACCCGAAACCACCGAACUCGAAGAUUUCAGAGCCGCCACGCAGUACGUGUGCUCUCUGACCAUAGAAGUUCUCAAUUCCCUCUUCUCUCGGGUAGAGGACGAGUACGAUCGAGUUCAUCUAUGCUUCCAUGCAACCUUUGCCUACGUUCUUCUCAGUUUUGGCUACGGUAUGGAGGAGCGGAACAACAUUGUUUUCAAGACAUCGCAUGCCGGCAAGCCCAUUGACUGGGCUGUGGGUGCAAUGAUCUACGAAAUCAAUCAGGACAUCCGGCUUUCGAUCCCACUUACCAAUGUGAGUGUGGCAAGUUAG